AUGUCUGGCAACUCCAGAUCGCAGCAAUUUCGGGUCCAAUCCCUUGAGGAAUUCCUGAAAACAGACACGCCGUUCUUAUCUUGGGAGGAUCUCCAGCAGAAGCUGCUGCUCCCUCCUCAGGAUCGCCCAUCCAUGCGCGGGCCUACAGCUUCUAACAGCAUUGAAUCAUUGUUGUCCGCAUCUUCGUAUCCGGUGCCUGAGACCUCGAUUGCACAAGACUACCAACGUCAAGAGGCUCCUCUAUAUGGCGGGUUCUCCAUCGAAACUCCGUCGAGUCAAAAUGAGAUAGAUCAAAGUGUUCAGUCGAUAUCAACCCCAGUGACGAGGCAUUCACGACGUCGCAGUGAGUCAAUCGCGAGCAGCUAUUCCCCGAGGAAACGGGGAAGGCCACGCAAAGAUGUGGCAGACGUGUUGGACGAAGACCCCGAGGAGCGUCGUCGGUUGCAAAUACGUCUGGCGCAGAGGGCUUACCGCUCGCGACGAGAAAGAAGUCUCUUACGCUAUAAAAGCCGUAUUGCGCAGCUGGAAAACGCGGUUGAGAAUAUGAGCACGUCCGUCCUCUCGCUUAGCCAACAGCUGGUCCAGUCUGGCGUCUUGGAGUCAAAUCCGGAGCUUGCUAAUCAUCUGCAUGGUACUGUGUUGACAUGUCUGCGCUCCAUCAAGGAAGCAGGCUGCGAAGGUGAACGAGAGACUCCCGAUACUUCCCCAGCAAGUGAGAAGCCUCCUUCUACGUCCUCGAUAACAGAAGAGAUAAACCCUGUUCAAUCUUGGGUUGUUGAACUUAUAGCUCGCUCGCAGUUGGAUACCUCCCAGCCUUUUGGCGCAAAUCGUAGAAGAUUGCAAGACGCCUCCAUCGGCAGCUCCCAGUAUAUAUCCAGCUCGACAGAGGUCACAGACAUCGAGUUACCUGCAUUUAUUGAAAGACUGCACCUCGCUUGCCUUUCUCAAGGAUAUAUGGCCUUGCGCGAUAAAUCCAUCCCCAUGGAUCGAUUGCGAAGACCGUUCCGUCUUCUUCUAACAUUCAUGAGUCGGGAGCGCAUGACCUCUUACUUCGAAGCAGCGCUUCACUUCCGACUCAGCCAGCAGCGGCUGGAUGAAUGGAAAGACGUACCCUUCUUUAGCUUGGGCGGGGCAGGUACGCAUGCGGCACCGGGGAGUACUAGCGGAAGGUUCUCCUCCCAGAAAUGGGUCACAAUUCAGGAUCCUUUAGCGCAGUUUCCUCCUGAUAUUCAGGAAGACCUGGAUGGGGAAUGGUUCACCAUACAGGACUUGGAAGGGUUCCUCCGCCAAAGGGGGGUCGAUAAAUUUGCAUGCGAUCCCGCAGAAUCUAGACCAAGUUCGCCAACGCGAGCUGUGGUCAGUGUAGCUCGUCUGAUGCACGCGCUGAUAAGCAAGUGCAUUUGCUUGGGCCGCUCUCCGGGAUUCCGUCGCUGUGAUGUAGAGAGGGCUCUCAGUGCUGCUGUAUCGACAUGA